UCUGAUUAUAGCGUCUCUACAGCUGCUGUACUCGCAUGCCAAUCGGUCGCCAAAAAUUGCCUUAUGUGUGUUACAUGUAUAGCGGGAGGUGAUUGGUUAUCGCGUCGUUUCUUGCCACGCGUUGCUGCCGUGUUAUAUGCUGAGACGAGCGGGUUAUUCUAAUCUUUCGAUUGGACCCGCAAUUUUACGAGUCAGUCGAAUAUGUCAGUUCAAAUGUGAACGCCGCGGGAAGCGCGUGUGACUGGUAGGCACGGAAGCUAUUAGCGAGCUAGAGUCAAUCACAUCUAUUCAGAAUCAUGUCGCAGUAUGAGGAUGCCAUUCUGGAAGCCAAAGACAAAGAGGAGAAUUUGCUCGAGGAAUCAGGAAUACGACAUCGCAUUCCAUGGAGCGAUCGUGUGUUGUUAAACAGUGAGAUACCUGGUUUACACGAGGUUAAAGAGUUACUGGAUGACGAUGAUGCGAGUUGUCUGGCAGAAGAGGAGGACGGAGUUGGGUGCCCUUUGCCCUCGACUCCGGAAGAUGAUCACCUUCUGGACUGUGAAAUGACAGAAGUAUUGAAGGCAGGCGUGUUGAGUGAUGAGAUUGAUCUGGGCGCCUUGGCACAUAACGCAGCGGAACAGGCUGAGGAGUUUGUUCGAAAAGUGUGGGAGGCGUCAUGGAAACAAUGCCACUUUAGAAAUCUGCCGAGAUGGUUGCAGGACAACGAUUUUUUGCACGCCGGUCAUAGGCCGCCACUGCCUUCAUUUUAUGCGUGUUUCAAAAGUAUCUUUCGAAUCCACACAGAGACUGGCAAUAUCUGGACACAUUUGCUAGGCUGCGUUGCCUUUAUCGGUAUAGCUAUAUUUUUUCUAACGCAACCUCCUAUAGAGAUACAAUUGGAGGAGAAAGUGGUGUUUGGUAUCUUCUUUGCUGGCGCUAUAAUUUGCCUAGGAAUGUCGUUUGCCUUUCACACAGUUCAUUGUCACAGCGAAUGCGUUGGAAAACUGUUCUCCAAGUUAGAUUAUUGUGGCAUCGCUAUGCUUAUUAUGGGUAGUUUUGUACCGUGGCUUUAUUAUGGAUUCUAUUGCGACUACCAACCCAAACUAAUUUAUCUCUCUGUGGUGGUUGUCCUCGGCAUAACCAGCAUAGUAGUAUCGCUUUGGGAGCGAUUCGGCGAGCCGAAUUAUCGUCCGCUCAGAGCCGGAGUCUUCAUGGGAUUCGGACUUAGUGGGGUAAUACCAGCGGUACAUUAUGCUGUCGCCGAAGGUUGGUUCAAGGCGAUCAGUCAAGCAUCUCUCGGAUGGUUAAUACUGAUGGGAUGUCUGUAUAUAUUAGGAGCAUUAUUCUAUGCUUUAAGGGUACCUGAACGUUUUUUCCCAGGAAAGUUUGAUAUUUGGUUUCAGAGCCAUCAAAUCUUCCAUGUAUUGGUAAUUGCGGCCGCUUUCGUUCAUUACCACGGUAUUACGGAGAUGGCAAUGCACAGAAUGACAAUAGGCGACUGCACAAACCCAUCACAAGUAUUAGCUUUCUGAAUAUACGGGCAUGUAUCUUCAUUUCCUGUUGAUAACUCUCAUCUCAUUCAAUCUAAAGAGACUUCAAGGAUUCCUAAAUCGUGCGCCAAGAGCAGAUCUGUACUGUUUUGGGGAAGUUACGCGAUAAACGCGAUGUAAAAUAGAAGCGGAUAUACUGUCUGUAAUUCCAACUUGCGUUAGAAUGUGUUUUUAGUGAAUAUGUUGCUUAUUUAUUUAAUUGCCGAUUUUUCCAUUAGCUUUUUUAGGAUUUUCUCCGAUUUGUCGCUGCAGCCGUUUCCAAUCACGAUACCGAGAAGAAAAACUUUUGCAAAUUUUCCUCCUUGCAGUGUAUACAUGUUGAAAUAAAUUCUUUCAUAUACAUUUUUAUUCGCCUUCAACAUGUUCUACGUUUUCCAAGAAAAUCGCACGUAGCUUGGAUUUAAGUUUUAUAGUUAUUUAUCAUUAGGUAUUUUAUAGUUGUGUACGAAUCAAAAUGCAAAUCUAUUUUAAUCGAUUUUACCAAUCUAUGCUGUAGAACCAAUAAAAAUGGUAAUAAAUGGUGCGAGAUACAACAGAAUUUAUUUAAAUAGUAUUUCUUGGUCUCGGUUGGAUUCCGCUAUGGCUGCAGCGAGAAAACACAGAAGCCACAUAAACAAAAGUUAUUUCUGAAGAUGUCUAUAUGAUUGCGCGUUAGUUGAUAUUGUUAAAGGUUUAUUUAAAAUUAGUUUAGUUAAGAGAUAUAUAUACAUACAUACAUACAUACAUACAUACAUACAUACAUAUAUCGAUUUGCUUCCUUACUUUAUGAGAACAAUCGGCCGAAUUGGCAUUCGCGCCUCAGAUUCGAAUAAUGUAAAUAAAAUGAAAUUUUGAAAGAGAUAUAUAAUAUAAUACUUAAGCUUAAAAGUGGCACGUGUGUUACUUAUACUUGGAUUUUAAAUCUCCGAAAUUACAUAAAUAUUUGGAUACCUUCUUUUUCAAGUGUAUUCUUCUGAUCAUGAACUUUACAGCUACCGAGUAUUAGUGUAAGCGAUAAACUUAUUCGCCGUUAAGGGAGAAAAAUUGUCGACUGUUUUAUAUCUGGAAUUGUUAAUGAUAUUGAAGCAUCAGUUGUAUAUGCUCAUCUAUCAGGUUUUCGUGGAACGAGUGAAAACUUAAUAUUUAUGUAAGGUCUGGUAUGUAGUAUUGAGGUACAGGUAAAGCAGCAACAAGGAUGUACGAUUAUAACGAGGACUUAGGAAGCGACUAUUUACUGUGAAUGAAUUUUAUAGCCGUACUAUAAAAGUCUGUAAUAUUUUUGAACAUAAUCAUUGUUGAUACGAUGGGAAUUUGUGUGUUACUAUUAUAAUGAAAAAAAAGAAAAGAAAGAACAAUGCAUCAGAUUUACUGUUCCAAAUGUGUCUUUUGUUUUUUAAUAUUGUAUAAUACGUUCGAAAUGCUUAAUAUAUAAAAUUACGAUAACACUUAUAAAGUUAUUUGAAACCCAGAAGGGAAGAGAUAAAAAUGCGUCCUUGAAUUCAACGCGAUUAACCUAUUUGAACAUUCAUGUAAAAGUUAUAAGUAAAUUGUUUUUACUUAAUUUAAUUCCUGCAACUAUUUUCGAUUUUUAAGAAUCAAAACUCCGAUGGGACUCGCUAUGAUGAUGGUAUAAUCAUCUAAGCCGUGACAAGAAUCCUCAAGGUGAUUUCGAAACCAGACUUCAAGAAAUCUGCACAUAUUGAUUGACCACUCAAUUUGUUGUAUCGUUAUUGAGAAGUACUUUGAAUAAAAUGAACAAUUUUUACAUCCAUA